AAACUCAAUAUUAUUAUUAUUGAGAAUUACAAUCAACCUUUGGCUACAAUCCAAAUAUUCAAAAAAUUGAUUCUAAGUUGAUCAUUGAUAUACUCGUUUCAUCAGAAAAAAAUGUUUCGUUCAAUCAUACUUUUAGCCUGUUUGGCUUCAACUUUUGCAAGUGAUGCCACCCAUAACAACAUGCUUAAUGUUUCUUCUAUUCUCAUCACUGGAACAAACAAAGGAAUUGGUCUUGAAUUCAUUCGUCAACUAGCUUCACUGGAACCUAAAAUUCCGAAUAUUAUUGCUACUUGUCGAGACCCAGAUACUGCUGAGGAAUUGAAAUCAAUAGCCAAAGCCAGCAAUAAUGUUCAUAUUCUGAAACUGGAUGUAACUGAUUACAAUUCUUUCGAUGCCUUCUAUGCUGAAGUUGAAAAAAUUGUUGGUGAAUCAGGUUUGGACAUAUUGAUAAACAAUGCUGGAAUAGCGAUCAUGACACCUCUUGAUGAAGUCACUCCUGAAGAGUUCAGGAAAAAUUUUGAAGUCAAUACUAUCGGACCUUACAUGUUAGCCAGAAAAUUAACUCCUCUUAUUAAGGUUUCUCAUCUAAAGUUUAUUAUUGCAAUGUCAUCCACCGCUGGAAGUGUUUCAAGUACUAGUGAGAUACUUGGAGGCUUCCCUGCUUACAGAGCCAGCAAGGCUGCUCUUAAUAUGAUUACUCGAACCUACGGUGAUCAUGUCAAGAAGGAUGGUAUUACUAGUGUAAUGAUGUUUCCAGGUUGGGUCAAAACUGAGCUUGGUGGACCCGGUGCAGUACUUGAAAUCCCCUUUAGUGUUGGUAAUAUGAUUAAAACCAUCUCCACUCUUGAUGCUGAAAAUAAUGGUUGCUUCAUUGAUUAUGAGGGAAUCACUGUCCCAUGGUAAUGGUGCCUGAUCAUUUUGGAUUAUUACAGUUCACAGAAUAAAUUGUCACUGUUAUUGUUGAAAAUGUAACGAAAUUAAAGCUCCAAUACAUCAAUAAUA